AUGCUGCUGCAUUUCGAGCUUCUUCUCUGCUGCAUCAUCAGCGGCUGUUUGUCACUGUGGAGACCAUGUACAGAUCUGCUGCCGCUGGACCUGCUGAGGCGAGUGGUUCCUGCGGGGGACGUGUAUCAGAGCCACGUGCGGUUGGUCCAGUCUCAGGGCGCCCGGGGUGUGAAGUUCUCUGGACCUCCUCAGGCUCUCAGCUUCCCCGCCGCUCCACUCUUCACCAAUUGCAACUUCUUCCCUGCUGAGUUCUCCAUCGUGGUCACACUGAAGAUCCCACAGCCAGCUCCUAACAGAGAUGAGUAUAUCUUCACUCUGCUGGACGGAGAUUCGAACCGGCUGUUGUUAGGCCUUCGUCUGGCCCGUGAUAAACUCCACUUCCUCCGUAGCUCCCGGCGAGUGACCUUCAGGGCUGUGGGGCUGGCGGACGGCCGCUGGCACACGCUGGUAUUAGCUGUCACUGGACAGUUCAGCAUACUCACUGUGGAUUGUGGGAUACCCCUCGAGUUGCAGAUGGAGAAACCUUUCCCUGAGGAUCUGAACACUAAAGGCUCCACCUUCUUCAUAGGCAGCAGGAGAAGAUGGAACGGACUGUUCUCGGGUCUGAUGAGACAGCUGGUUCUGUUACCCGGUUCUGAUGCGUCCUCUCGGGUUUGUCCGUCCUCUCACCCUCGACUGUCCAUUCUCUCUGUGCCUGAGGUUCUGUUACACCUGCCAAUCAAACCACCAACCAAUGAGCUUCCACUCUACCCGUACGAGGCUGAGGUGAGGGUCAGUCCGGUGGUCCCUCUCUGUGGGGUGGGUGAGGAGGGUCAGCUGUGGUUCAGUACAGUGAAGAGAGGCCUGUUCCUGUGUGACGGAAACACGUGGGUCACCAUGUUGCAGGAGAAAGAGAGGCUGGACUACGUAGAGGAACACCAGGAUCUCUUCACCGUCUCAGAGACGUUUGAUAUCGAAGUGUUCAGCAUCCCGUCUGUUGGACUCUUCAUGGCGACAGCAAACCGGGACCAGGGCUCGACUGUGUACCGGUGGACCAACAGCAGGUUUGAGAGAUACCAGAACAUCAGCACCCUUGACGCCCAGGCGUGGAAGUUCUUCACUGUGGGGAAAGAGAUUUUCCUGGUGGUCGCUAACUCUGGCAGUAAUGGUGGUCAGGAGGUGUCGGUGAUCUAUAGGUGGAAUAAGCGAACUCUGAGGUUUGUUGUGUAUCAGAAGCUGCAGACGCACAGUGCCCGCGACUGGGAGGCUUUCCACAUCCACAAUGAGGCCUUCCUCGCUGUGGCCAAUCACAGACAAGGUGAAAUGAACCACAACAUUGACAGUGUGAUCUACAAGUGGAACCCAAACACCAGGAGUUUUGAAGUGAAUCAGACCAUCGCCACGUCUGGAGCUUACGACUGGGAGUUCUUCACCAUCGGCCCGUUCUACUUCCUGGUGGUGGCCAACACCUUCAAUGGAAAAUCCACCGUCAUCAACUCCACCAUCUACAUCUGGCUGGGAGGAACGUUCCAGCCGUUCCAGUCCAUCAUGACCACUGGAGCGAUAGACUGGGAGAUGUUCCAGAUCGGGAACAGGUUCUUCCUGGCUGUGGCUAACAGUCAGAGGCUCGAUGGCUCUGGCUCCAUUCUUUAUAACAUCAACUCCACCAUCUACGAGCUGAACAUGACCUCGCAGACCUUCGUUAAAUUCCAGGACAUCACGACCAGCAGUGCUCUGGACUGGGAGUUUUUCACCGUGGGGGAUGAUAAGUUCUUGGUGGUGGCGAACUCAUAUGAUGGAAACUCCUACUCGCUGAACAGUGUUAUCUACAGGUGGCAGGGCUAUGAGAGAUUUGUUCCUGUUCACACUCUGAGCACAAACGGGUGCCGAGAUUGGGAAUUCUUCACCUCCUCAGACGGAUCCUACCUCAUCUCCUCCAGCGCCAGACAGGCCCUGUCCAAGAUCCUCCGACUCAGAACCUACUAUCAGCACUGA